GCCGACUAGCCUCCGGUUCGUUCCGUGACUGAUAUGUGUGAUGCGUGACACUGUCAUUGUCACCACUUCAAGCCUUUCUGCUCCUCGAAAAUCUUGAGGACUUGAAACCAAAAUGUUGUCGAGGCUUCCCGUGGCUGCGCUCAAGAGCCAGUCUGCAAUAGGCGCAUCUCGCUCUACCUUUAGCGCUUUCAGAACGCGCGCUACGUCGCAGGUCCGAUUUACUUCAUCCAGUUCAACGUCCUCAGCCAAACUUGAGUCGGUGUUCACAUCUCGCGCGGCACUCAUCUCCGCUACCCUUUUCUCUGCUGGCUCGAUAGCAUGGUAUUCUCAUCUAUACGGCUCCCUCCCCUUCAUUGGUGAGGUGCACGCAAAUUCGUUAGCUGACGACGGCCUCCAUCCCACUGCGUAUCCUUGGUCCCACAAGGGCUGGUUCGACAGCUUUGACCACUCUAGCAUCCGUCGCGGUUUCCAGGUUUACCGUGAAGUUUGUGCCGCGUGUCACUCGCUCGACCGGAUUGCCUGGCGCAACCUUGUUGGCGUGUCUCAUACUGCCGACGAAGCGCGUUUACUUGCCGAGGAUGUAGAGUAUACGGACGGUCCAGACGAUAAAGGCGAGAUGUUUCAGCGUCCCGGAAAGCUUUCCGACUACCUUCCUUCUGCAUACCCGAACGAGGAGGCUGCUCGGGCCAGUAAUGGUGGUGCCCUUCCUCCCGAUCUAAGCUUAAUCAUCAAGGCUCGUCAUGGUGGUGCGGAUUAUGUGUUCUCCCUACUGACAGGUUACAUCGAUCCUCCUGCUGGUGUUGAAAUCCGUGAUGGAAUGAAUUACAACCCUUAUUUCCCUGGUGGUGCCAUCUCCAUGGCGCGUGUCCUCUGGGACAAUCUUGUUGAGUACGAAGAUGGUACCCCAGCCACGACCUCUCAGAUGGCCAAGGAUGUUGUCACCUUCUUAAACUGGGCAGCCGAGCCCGAGCACGACGAGCGGAAGAAGUUGGGUAUCAAGGCUGUUAUCCUCUUCUCUGCGCUGUUCGCUGUCUCCAUCGGGGUGAAGCGGUUCAAGUGGACCGUGAUCAAGAACAGGAAAAUUUUCUACAACCCGCCCAAGGAUUUGAACCACUAGAGAGCUUCAUGUACAUAGGGCGGAUCAAGUAUCUCAUAGACUCUUACGGCCAUCAGAUGCUGCAAUUUAUGUUGCAUCUUCUAAUGAGACUGCCUUUCAAUCACCA